UUCCUUUCCUUCGGGUCCCAACUACUGGAGUCUGGACCUGACCCAUCCAAUCUUCUCUUUUUCGUCCUAGCAUUAUCCGUUGCUCCUCACUUGCAUGGCGGAGGUCAUCCUUCAUCAUCCGCAAUGCAUCAAAUUGUACCUCUAUCGCCGUUGAAAUCUAAACCAUUACCCUCUCUCACUACCUUCUUCUUAUCUUCUCCUCCUUCUUCUUCUGCUCCACCACGGCGUCGUCUGCUCAAGAUUCCUCCUCGCAGACACUCCAAUCUCAAGCGACUUACUUCUCGCAUCGUUCAACUUACUCGUCGAAGACAACUCCAACAGAUUUUUGAAGAAAUUGAAGUUGCCAAAAGAAGCUAUGGCAAGCUUAACACGAUCAUUAUGAAUGCGGUGAUGGAGGCUUGUGUGCAUUGCUGUGAUAUUAAUUCAGCUCUUCGGGUCUUCGAUGAGAUGUCGAAGCCGGGUAGUUGUGGCGUUGAUGGAGUCACAUAUGGUACACUACUGAAGGGUUUGGGAGAGGCUCGAAGAAUCGAUGAAGCAUUUCAGAUACUUGAGUCCCUGGAACAAGGUUCUGCUCGGGGAAAUGCAAAAUUAUCGGCGCCACUCAUCAUCGGUCUAUUAAAUGCAAUAAUUGAAGCAGGAGAUUUACGCCGUGCUAAUGGUCUUCUUGCACGUUAUGGGUUUUUGCUUCGUGAAGGAGGCAAUCCUCCGGUCUUGAUAUACAACUUACUAAUGAAGGGAUAUAUAAAAGCUGGGUGUCCUCAAGCUGCCUUGGCUGUGCAAGAUGAGAUAUUACGUCUUGGAUUAACCCCUGAUAGGCUCACCUAUAAUACCCUAAUAUUAGCAUGUGUCAAGAAUGAAAAUGUCAAUGCUGCAAUGCAUUUCUUCAAGGAAAUGAAGGAAAAAGCACAAAAAUCAAAAAAUGACAAUCUUUAUCCAGAUGUUGUCACCUACACUACGAUACUUAAGGGUUUUGGGAAAUCAAAGGAUCUCCUUUCAGUUCAAACAAUUGUAUUGGAAAUGAAAUCACAUCAUGAUUUAUUUAUCGAUCGAACUGCAUUCACUGCUAUAGUUGAUGCACUGCUAAACUGUGGCUCAAUGAAAGGUGCUCUUUGCAUAUUUGGAGAAAUCAUAAAGCGAGCUGGUCUGAAUAGGGACUUGCGUCCAAAGCCUCACCUCUAUUUGUCCCUGAUGCGUACCUUUGCCAUUCAAGGAGAUUACCAUAUGGUUAAAAAUCUGCACAAGUGCUUAUGGCCAGAUUCAACUGGGACUAUUUCUCCAGCGAUUCAAGAGGAAGCUGAUCAUCUUCUCAUGGAGGCCACUUUGAAUGAUGGUCAGGUUGAUGCAGCUGUAGAAAAUCUUACGAGUAUUGUAAAAAAAUGGAAAGGCAUAUCAUGGACAAGUCGAGGAGGCAUGGUUGCUUUGCGCAUAGAAGCCUUAUUGGGAUUUGUGAAAUCCUUGUUCAGUCCUUACUCGCUCCCUCAGGUCUCCCUGAGUGAACCGAUUGAGAGUAUCAUGACACCACUAAAAGAAGCUCAACCACUACUUAGUACAUUGGAAUUGAAGAAAGUGGUUAUGCGCUUCUUUAGGGAUCAAGUUGUGCCAAUUGUGGAUGAAUGGGGCUGUUGCGUUGGAAUAUUGCAUCGUGAAGACUGCUUUGAGUUGAAUGCGCCGCUUAUGACAAUGAUGAGAAGCCCACCUCCUUGUGUUACUACCACAACAUCUAUUGGUAACGUGGCUGAUCUAAUUCUGGAAAAGAAAUACAGAAUGGUGAUUGUUAUCAAGUACAGCAACUUGUAUGGUACUACUUACGGCUCAAGUUCUAGGGCUGUUGGUGUUUUUACAGCUGAACAGUUGUUUAAACUGGCUGCACCUCUAUCAGAGGUGGUAGCUUUAGAACGAACAUAUUUUGCAGAGGAUAGUGUAGCAAUCAUAAUUACAUAUCCAUGAAUAUUAUAUUUUGUAUUGUGUUAAAGAGUAGGAUCAUCUUGAAGCA